AGUUUUGAUUUAUUUUUCUGCAAUUGAGAAUUUGAAGAAACAAGAUUUAUAGAAAAGAUGUGUGGAAUAUUUGCGUAUUUGAAUUACAACGUGAACAGAGAGAGAAGGCACAUUCUUCAAGUUCUCUUCAAUGGCCUUCGUCGUCUCGAGUACAGAGGCUACGAUUCCGCCGGAAUUUCCAUCGACGACGGUGACUUCUCGUCUUUUCCUCGAUCGUCCUCCGACGGCUCUCUGUCGCCUCCCCCUCUCGUUUUUCGCCAGGAAGGCAAUAUCGAGUCCCUCGUCAAAUCUGUCUACCAAGAGGUAGUUGCAACAGAGUUGAACUUGGAGAAAUCUUUUACUACCCAUGCUGGUAUAGCACACACCAGAUGGGCUACUCAUGGGGAGCCUGCUCCAAGGAAUAGUCAUCCUCAGACUUCUGGUUCUGGGAAUGACUUCUUGGUUGUUCACAAUGGUGUUAUCACUAAUUAUGAGGUCUUGAAAGAGACCCUUGUUCGACAUGGAUUCACUUUUGAAUCUGAAACAGACACAGAAGUAAUACCAAAGCUUGCCAAAUUUGUUUUUGACAAAGCAAAUGAAGAAGGUGACCAGACUGUCACAUUCAGUCAAGUAGUACUUGAAGUUAUGAGGCAUCUUGAGGGAGCAUAUGCCCUCAUUUUCAAAAGUCGGCAUUACCCAAAUGAGCUUAUUGCUUGCAAGCGUGGUAGUCCAUUGCUCUUAGGUGUGAAAGAAAAUGAUGAUGUUUGCAAUGGAUCAGCAUUCCAUGAUGCUAAAUUUCUCUUACAAAAUAGCAAUCCUAAGGAACUUUUCCUAUCAAGUGAUGCAAAUGCAAUUGUUGAACACACAAAGAAAGUUCUUGUCAUCGAGGAUGGUGAAGUAGUUCAUCUUAAGGAAGGUACUGUAUCGAUCCUAAAGUUUAAUAAUGACAAAGGAAGAAAUGGAGGCAGUCGUUCUGCUAGGCCUGCAUCAGUGCAACGUGCGUUAUCUACUCUUGAGAUGGAGGUUGAACAAAUAAAUAAGGGAACAUACAAGCAUUAUAUGCAGAAAGAAAUUCAUGAACAGCCAGAAUCUCUAACAACUACCUUGAGAGGAAGGCUUCUACGCGGAGGUUCCUGGAAGGCUAAGACUGUUCUUUUGGGUGGACUGAAGGAUCACCUUAAAACAAUUAGGCGAAGCCGAAGGAUUGUAUUCAUUGGUUGUGGUACAAGUUACAAUGCUGCUUUAGCUGCUAGACCCAUCAUGGAAGAACUAUCUGGGGUACCUGUUACAAUGGAAAUUGCUAGUGAUCUGUUGGAUCGGCAAGGUCUUAUAUACAGAGAGGAUACAGUAGUUUUUGUUAGUCAAUCUGGUGAAACAGCUGAUACAUUGCUUGCUCUGGAAUAUGCUUUGGAGAAUGGUGCGUUAUGUGUUGGCAUCACGAAUACUGUUGGGAGUGUAAUAGCUCGGAAUACACACUGUGGUGUUCAUAUAAAUGCUGGUUGUGAAAUUGGUGUAGCCAGUACCAAGGCAUAUACAAGUCAAAUAGCGGUGAUGGCCAUGUUAGCUUUGGCAAUUGGAGCUGACACAAUUUCUAAACAAGAGAGAAGGGAGGCUAUAAUAGAUGGUCUAUUCGACCUUCCAAAUAAAAUCAGGGAGGUACUGAAGCUUGACCAGGAAAUGAAAGAUCUAGCGAAACUAUUGAUUGCUGAGCAGUCACUUCUUGUCUUCGGGAGAGGAUACAAUUAUGCAACUGCUUUGGAAGGUGCUCUAAAAGUGAAGGAAGUUGCACUUAUGCAUAGUGAGGGGAUACUUGCCGGUGAAAUGAAGCAUGGUCCAUUGGCACUAGUUGAUGAAAAUCUCCCCAUUGUUGUGAUUGCUACCCGUGAUGCUUGCUUCAGCAAGCAACAGUCGGUUAUUCAGCAACUACGUGCCCGCAAAGGGCGCUUGAUAGUAAUGUGUUCAAAAGGAGAUGCUGCAUCAGUGUGUCCUGGAGGCGGUUGUCGAGUAAUUGAAGUUCCUCAGGUUGAGGACUGUCUUCAACCUGUGGUUAAUAUAGUUCCAUUUCAGUUACUGGCAUAUCAUCUCACCGUGUUAAGGGGAUACAAUGUCGACCAGCCUCGGAAUCUUGCAAAGAGCGUGACCACGCAGUGAAGAGCGCUUACCGACAUAGUACACAUUCUUUUUCCUCUUAUUUUUUUCUCCUCGAAUUAUUUGCUAGAGGAAUUAAUGAAGCAUUUCUGAAAUAAAGCAAGGAUGGUUUUAUCAUUUUAUGCUGAUGGUCUGAAAUAACAAUCUAACAGUUCUUCAGAGAGAGAGAGAGAGAGAGUCGUACUAAACAUUUAGGGACAUAAUGUUUGAUGAAAUGCCUCAACCAAAAAUGCUACAAUUUUAUCAGUCCUUGGUUCUUUUCUUGAGUUCAUAUAAGGCCAAAAGCAGCAGUGAGAAUGCUUGGUUUCGACAUCAAUCUGCAUG